UGAAUGCUGCUACUGACUGCGAGACGUGAGCAGCAUCAUUGACUCCAUGUGCUCCUCCACGUCAUCAUGACCAACCAUUCCCUCUUCCAAGAUCCGCUCCUGAUCAGCGCCAGGCAUCGGCAGCGGAUCACGCGGCUGCCCCUCAUCCCCUCGGCAGCAGCUUUGACGUGCGAGGAGCUCAGGACUCAAUUGCAAAGGAGGCUAGCUCUGGUAAGAGGAGAAGCAUUCGAGAUUGAAUGGUUGGACGAUGAUAACAUCAGAUACCACAUCAAUGACGAUGAGUCACUGCAAGAUGCCUUGGAGUACUUCAGACCCUCCGAGAGCCUGCGUGAACGGAGCUCCUCCGGAUCUCACUCAUCCACACCAUCGGUAGACCCACCCAUCGAGAUGCUCGUUCAGGUUCAAAUCCCUUCUCGGAUCUCCCUUUCAGACCUCGCCUCGUCGGAUGGAGCUUCCUCCUCGCAGGGCAGUAGCUCUGGCCAGACGGAGGACUGGGGCUAUGAAGAUGACACUGGACGGGCUUCUUCGGAGGUAUGGGAAAGAGUUGAAAGGAGCAGCAGGGAUUCGGCCCAAUUGAGUCAGUCCGCUAGCAGCCGCUCCUCUGGUCGGGCGCCCCUGGACGGACGCAGAAGAAUGGCUCCCUAUCAGCCAGAUAUUGCCGACGAGGAUGCAGAGGACGAUGCGAGGACCGAGUAUGCGUAUAGUCAGAGUCAAGGCGGACACAGCAGUACGGCAGAGAGCGUGCGGUACAAGGAUGCGGCUUCGAUGAUCCCAUCACAUGUUGGGGUGGGCUGCGAGGUCUGCGAGGUACAGCCGAUACGUGGGGUCCGCUACGUCUGCCUACAAUGCGAAGGCUGUCCGAGUUUCCUGCUCCUUUAGUGUGGGGACUGCGAGGACGCUGGCGAGUCGAUCCAGUACGCCCCUCAUCUUGGGAUACAUAUGGUCUUGCGGUUGCUCG